AUGUCUUCUACGCCCAAUAUUGUUGAUCCGGAUGACUUUGUCGCGCAAUUCAAAGCCUCAGCCCAUCAUCACUCACGCUCGCAUUCCCCAGGGCAAGCAUAUGAACCACUUGCGUUUGGCCAACCGGCUAUUGGAAGACCACCUAUGCGGCCGCAAGGGCGGUCAAUGUCCAGACUCAGUACCAAUGGCAUCCCUAAUAGCAUCUAUAAUGGCGAGAAGUUUGGUCGCAAGCCUUCCAUCGACCAAGAGUCAGUCACAGACUCAGUUGCUACUCUAGAUCUGGGCUACCACACCACCGGCCAGCCACUGCCACGGCACAGAAGGCAGUCCUCAACCUCAACAGGCUAUCAAAGCUUUGACCAGCGAUCUCUCAGCACCAUAUCUCUAGACCAACAGUCUAUUGGAACCCAGCCACUAGGCUACUACUCUACAGAUGCACUACCUGGAGGCUAUCUCCCAUCACCUACUUCACCCAGAGAUGUCCACUGGUCUGCAUCCAACAGGUCGUUACAACGCAACAUCCUUACCAACGACCUGCCGGUUCUUGGGCAGACGAAUACUGACGAGGGCUCUGAGCAAUUCAAUCCUAUUAUUGAAGAACAUGAGGAAGAAUCUUUUGAUCUGGUCCCUCCCUAUGAUGGCGACCGAGUCUCGCGUACCCUGGAACAACAAGCGGACCUCAUGUUCUCCUCAGAGCAUAUGCUAGCGAUUCUGAGCAAUCCGCGCUACUUUGCGCGCUUCCGCGAGUUUAUCGCCCAGGAACGUCCGGGGUCAUUGCCAACACUGACCUACUACCUAAACGCUUCCAAAUCCCUCAAAGCAAUUCAAUAUGCCAAUGCACUCGUGCGUUCGUCUGUUGAUGUUCCUACAUCCGGUAUUGAAACAGCAGAGCACCCCGUUGGCCCGACUGUAAAUACGGCCCUUGAACAACGCGUGCAGGCAGCGCUGGACGCUUUGACUGCUGAGGAACUACCUGCUUUCAUCACCUCGACCUAUAUCAACAUUGCCGGCAAGUUAGUCGAGGAGCGUGUACGCGGAACCUUGCCCGAUAAGUUCCAGGGAACGGCAGAGGCGCUAGCUGAGGUAUUCUGUCUGACCGAUCCGUCGCGGCCAGAUAAUCCUAUUAUCUUUGCUUCCGAGGAAUUCCACCGCAAUACACAGUAUGGUAUGGACUACGUCCUAGGACGAAACUGUCGGUUCUUGCAAGGUCCGAAAACGAAUCCCAACAGCGUUCGACGAAUUCGGGAAGCCCUCAAAGCCGGGACAUACCACUCUGAGCUUUUACUGAACUACCGCCGCGAUGGCUCACCGUUCAUGAACCUCCUUGAAAUAUAUCCGCUAUGCGACAACCGCGGCAAGCUCCGCUAUUUCAUCGGCGCCCAGAUCGACGUCUCUCGACUCGUAAUGGAAGGUGCACAUAUGGAAUCCCUCCAAAAUAUCCCAAUGCAGAAAGGAAAUCCAGAGACGGGCCAAGCAAUCAAAGAAUCAAAGAGCGAGUUCCAACAACUUAGCGAACUCCUCAGUCCACAGGAGCUGCAGAACGUGCGCGAGCACGGCGGAACCCUUUUCGAGCCGAUCGUCAACAAAUAUCCCAACCACCGUCUAUUCCUCCAAGACUCCGACACCGAGAGCGAGGUCCACAUCCCGUCCCGGGGGCCACAGAACCCCACUCCAGGCCCGGCUCCCAGUCUAUCCUUGAGCGGUGUCUACAAAAGAUACCUCCUCGUCCGCCCGUACCCCCCCCUCCGCAUCCUCUUCACAUCCCCCUCCCUCCGAAUCCCAGGCAUGCUCCAAUCCUCAUUCCUAAACCGCAUUGGCGAAACAGGCGCGAAACGCGAUAAUAUCGUCAACGCCAUGAUGGCCGGGCGGAGCGUCACAGCCCGUAUUAAGUGGAUGACCAGGUUUAACAACCAGGGCCGUUAUCGCUGGAUCCAUUGUACGCCUUUGCUGGCGAAUAAUGGUCAAAUUGGUGUGUGGAUGGUUAUUGUUAUUGAUGAUGAGGAUGAACAUUCGGCUAGAUGGCAGGGUAGUCGCUCGAGUACCCAUUAG